UACUAUGGAAACCGAGCUGCUAUCGCUAUGUCUCUGCAAAAGACCCCUCCGACCCGGGUGUUCGUGGAACUGGUUCCCUGGGCUGACAGGGGCCCGGCGAACAACCUGGUCUCAGGCGGAGAGACGCUACCCGGCCUCCGCCACCCGCUCUCCUCAACACAAGCCCAAACUGCUACCCGUGAGGUGCACGUAAGCGGAACCUCAGAAGUGUCUGGGGGCCCGGACCGGGCGCAAGUGGUGAUGCGAGUGAGCAGCACCAAGGAGGCGGCAGCCGAGGCCAAAAAGAGCGUUUGUCGCCGUCUAGAUUACAUCACGCAGAGCCUCCAGCAGCAGGGCGUGCAGGCAGAAAAUACCACUGUGACAAAGGAUUUUAGGAGAGUGGAAAAUGCUUAUCACAUGGAAGCAGAGGUCUGCAUUACAUUUACUGAAUUUGGAAAAAUGCAAAAUAUUUGUAACUUUCUUGUUGAAAAGCUAGAUAGCUCUGUUGUCAUCAGCCCACCCCAGUUCUAUCAUACUCCAGGUUCUGUUGAGAAUCUUCGACGGCAAGCCUGUCUUGUUGCUGUUGAGAAUGCGUGGAGCAAAGCUCAAGAAGUCUGUAACCUUGUUGGCCAAACCUUAGGAAAACCUUUACUAAUCAAAGAAGAAGAAACAAAAGAAUGGGAAGGCCAAAUAGAUGAUCACCAGUCAUCCAGACUCUCAAGUUCGUUAACUGUACAACAAAAAAUCAAAAGUGCAACAAUACAUGCUGCUUCAAAAGUAUUUAUAACUUUUGAGAUAAAGGGGAAAGAGAAGAGAAAAAAGCACCUUUGAAAUUCCAA